AUGAGGCAGUUAGUUGUAAAGAAGAUUGGCUCAGCUCUGUAUAACUUGUUUGUUUGUUUGGUUUUCGAUGUGUUGUUAAAACUUCACGCAUCUCUCUUGCUUGUAACAUCGUCAUUACUUAUCAUUUCUAUUAUGUUCGCUAUUGCUGAGGCCAAGAAAUACUCACGGGCCUGUGCUGGGUGUGCAGAUAUCUUCGUCAUCAAGCUGCUUACCGCUGUUAGUGGUGUUAGUAGUAUGAUAAUAUUCAAUCAAGAGGAAGGUGGAGGCACAUCGGCACCAAAAGUGGAAAUGUUUUAG